GUGAAGGGGCAAUGGACGAAGGAGGAGGAUGAGCUUGUGAUCAAGUAUGUCUCCAUGUAUGGGACGAAACAGUGGGCCAGGAUCGCUCUUGUUCUUCCAGGGCGUAAGGGGAAGCAAUGCCGGGAACGCUGGCACAACCAUCUCAAUCCAGACAUCGUCAAGGAAGCAUGGUCGACCUGGGAAGAUCUGAAGCUCGUGGAAGCGCACUUGAUCCAUGGAAAUCGAUGGGCUGAAAUCUCCAAGAUGAUUCCUGGCCGGACAGACAACGCGAUCAAGAACAGGUGGAACUCAACGAUCAGAAGGAAGCUUGUCAACAAUGAGAUGGUGCGUUCUAUGCGUGUGGAGCUGGAGUGUGUAUGA